AUGAAAUUGUCUAAAAAAGUAGCACAAGAUUAGCUCGACAACCAAAAAACGAAAAAAAUAAAGAAAAACAACAAAAAUAUUAGUAAAGAAAAAAUGAUGUAAAUUUUAAAACUAGUAAUGCUGCUAGCAGAUUUAUACAAAGAUUUAGAUAGAUUAGAUGAAGUCUAUCUUUCAAAAUUCGAUGAAUGUUAAAAGUAAGGUGCAAAAUAGAAGCUAAAGCAUCUAAACUUACGUACUAAAUCUAAAUCAAAUUUGAAGGAAGAAUUAAAAUGA